ACUCUUGACAAARAAAGCAAAGGAAAUAUAUCUAUUUUAAAGUGCUAAAUCGGCAUAUCAAUUUGUUUAGAAUGCAUUAUCUGUGUUCAGAAAAGUGCUUUUGUUUAUUAUGGCUGGUUUGAUGCUUUUUGUUUGCCAUUUUUCUGUAUUUUGACCUGGUAUUUUUGGAGAGAAAUUUCUUGAUUGAUAUUGCGAUGAAUCGACGACUUCGUGGCCUCUUUGCAAGAUAGUAAAGGUACUUAGCCUCUGGAAAAGAGAAAAUUUCAUUUUCGAGAUGAUCUUCGAGCAGCUUGCAGUGUCAGUUUUGAACAGAGUUCUUGGAAAAUAUAUCAAAGAUUUAGAUGGCACCAACCUAGAACUUGCCAUUUUGAGCGGUCAAGCAGUUCUUAAAAACCUUGAGCUCAGAGAAGAUGCCUUGAAUGAAUUCGAYCUACCUGUGGAGGUUACCCAAGGCUAUGUUGGUGAAAUCUCCCUUGAUAUUCCAUGGACUAAUUUAUAUUCUGCUCCAUGCUAUAUCUGUGUUGAAGAUGUUUUCUUGAUUGCUGUUCCUGUUAAAGAUAAGCUAUAUGAUGCUGAAAAAUCGAGGACAAGUGAGGUCAAUGCAAAGAGAAAAAGGCUUCGACAGAUUGAAGAAAAUGCCAAGAAAGCUAUCAUUAAUAAAGUUGAAACCAACAUUGAGGAAAAUAGUGAUUCGUUUGUCGAGAAGCUUGUAGCACAAGUUGUGAAAAAUCUAAAGGUUUCUGUCAGAAACAUCCAUUUCAGAUAUGAAGAUAAGAUUACCUGCCCUGAGUAUCCAUUUGCCUUUGGUUUUACAUUGCAAAAUUUGUCUGCUGAGACAACUAAUGAUCAAUGGGAGCCCAUUGUUGUAGGCGCAGACACUACAACUAUCUACAAGCUGGCAAAUCUGGACAAUCUGUCUGUUUACUGGAAUACCAAGCUUUCYGAGUCCAAAAUGUACAGUGGAAGAUGGAACUGGAAGAAUUUCAUGGAAGAUGGCAUAUCUACUAAGGAUAAGAUUCCUAGAAAUUAUGAAUUCAUUUUACGACCUUUGUCUGGUGAAUGCCAUGUUAUUUUGGAUCAAUCAUCAGAAAUUGAAAUGGACAUACCUAAGCUGUUGGCUGAGGCUAUUAUUCAACAAGAACUAGCUCUGGCACUGUCCCAAAAGCAGUUUCAUAACUUCAUGGAUUUGCUUGAUUCUUUUCAACUGAUGACCAUYAAUCAAAAGUACAAGAAGUUUCAACCUACUGUGGAUGUCCAUGGAAACAGCAGAGUCUGGUGGAGAUAUGCCUACACUGCUAUCUGUGAGGAAAAGAUAAGGAGUUGGUCAUGGAGUAGGAUUAAAGAGCACAGAACCAGAUAUCGAGCUUACAAAGACUUGUACAAGAAGAAACUUGAGGGAUUCUACGAAAGUGUGAAAGAAAGAUCACUGAGGCAUCUACAGGUUCUUGAAGAUGAUCUUGAUAUUCCUAGUAUUCUCAUUGCUCGGCAGCAAGCUGAGAUAGAGGUUCCUCCUGAGAAGAGACAACAGAAAGAAAAAGAGGACUCRUCCCAAGGAGGAUGGUGGUCAUGGAUGGGUUUGGGAUCAUCAUCUCCUACAGAACCACUUGACGUCAACAAUGAUGAAAAUAUCAUGUCCAAACUUACAGUAGCUGCUCUUCCUGCUGAUGAAAAGGACAAGCUAUACAAAGCCAUCAACUACAGUGAAAAUACAGCUCCUAUUAAAUACCCAGUAGAAUAUGUCAAGAGAAGGCUUACAUUUGAUCUUGAUUCUUGUGUGGUAACACUCUUAGAUAAUGAAAAGAGAAAAAUAGCUGAAAUCUCAACUGUUGGGUUUGCUGCAGCUCUUGAGCAAAGACCUGGUGGUGAUGCUAUGAUGUUCAGAUUUGGCGUGAACCUUUUUCAAGUUAAUGGCACUCCUAGCAAAGAAGAAAGCGAAAGACCAUGUUUGGUGUCAACCCAAAACCCAGCAGAAUACUCUGGAAGCCCACUACUGUCAUUUUCUGCUGAGAUCAACCCACUGGAUGUCAAGGCAGAUUACUCAGUGAAGCUGAAGAUUGAACCAGUUGAAUUCAAUUAUGAUAAUAUAACUGUGGAUGAAGUGAUUGACUUCUUUGAUGUCCCCAACAAGUCCAAAUUGCAUGAGUAUGUAGUUACCUACAUUGCCAUGGAUAUAAGAUCACCUCUGAUUAUAAUUCCUGAAUAUGGAAACCUUAAAAGCAAAGGAAAUCUUCUUAUAAUGGAUUUGGGUCAUUUGACUAUAGUUAGUGACUUAGUGAACAGAGAUACUAUGACUAAGGUAGCACGUCAUUACAUAUUCUUGUCGUGGUUUAAUUCUGAUUGGAGAAAAGCSCAAAAGUUAGAUGCUAGCUCAGACCACAUUCUGCCGUCAACUGGCYUAGAGCUAAAUGCUUUUAAAAGYAUMAGUGCUGAAUACCCAGAAUUACCUCAAUUUAAGGUCACUGCUGUCAUCCCAAAGAUCUGGUUUAAAUUUUCUGAUACAAAAUAUAAAGAAUUUAUGGGUUUUCUUGAUCAUUUUCCUUUUGGAAAAGYUGUUGAUCCUACAAAGGUCACUGAAGAAGGAAAAGAGAAAAUUGACAAGGAAUGGUCAAGGACAGCAUCUACGUURUCCCUUGAAGAAGCCAACUCUAUCCAAGUCAUUUGCAGAGAUACCUUUCAUUCUAAGACAGACAAUGAAGGGGAAACUGAUGUGUGGUUUGAUUCUGUYGAAUACCUGCCAAGGAAAGAAAGCAGUGCAUCAAAAGCUCCAGAUCUCACUCAACUUGUUGGAGAAUUUGUUAUCCACCAGCUUCUAGUUACCAUUGAUAAGGAGGAUUCUUUAAUAGACAAACCAUUUAUCAGCUUGGAAAUCAAGAAUCUCAGCACUAGGCUGAUGGUCAGUACCUGGCAUCUUAAAGUGACAAUGACAUUAGGAUUUAUAGAAUUGCUGGAUAAUCAUUUCCAUGAUGCAGAAGGUUCACCAUUGUGUGUGCUAAGUUCAAAACCUAAAAAYGAGUGGAUUUCUAUAAAUUAUGUGAAGGCUGAUCCUAAAGGUCCUGAAUUUUUAACWAAUUUCAAUAACACAGAACAAUUUAUCAAAGUGGUUUUUACAUCAAUUGAGUUGACAGCCAAGAAGGAAGCCCUGGCUAAUUUUCAACUAUUUGUGCUGGGCCUUCUUGAAAGUAGUGGAAGUCAAUCUGCUCUUCCAGUCAUUCCMAAAAAAGUGGUUCCAUUGGAGACAAUUGCAGAAGAUGAGGCUCUUGAUGUGCGUCCUGUAUCACCUGUUCAACACUCUGCCACUGAUGUCUUCAUUGAGACUGUGAUUGAAGAAGUUUCCAUUACRUUAGUAGCAAAGGAGCAGACUGUUGGGCAAAUUCAAGUCUCAGGGCUGAAUGUCAAUAUAACCAUGUCUGGAUCUGAAACYAAAAUCAGCACAAUGCUCAAAGAUCUUGGUGUGCUGAAUGCAACAGAAGGAACCCUUUAUCCAAAGAUUCUCUGUUUACAAGACAACACUGUCUUUGAUUGUGAGAUCACUCUUUUUGACAACAAACAAAAGCCCACUGAUCCCUUGGCACUAGAUGUUGCAGUYGACUUGAGAAUAGGACAAUGCAAGUUUGUGUAUCUUAGUGGAUUUACAGCUCAUAUCCAGAAUUUUGUCCAAGCUCUGGUCAGCCCUGAAACAGUUGCAUAUGCUCAAAGCAUAACUCAGCAAGCUUUGAAGUCAAAGGCUCAGAACAUACAAGAAAGUGGCUCAAAGAUUGGUAUUAAGAUCAGCGUACAUGCCCCGACAGUGUUAAUACCAGGGCAUUCAUUUUCCAGCGAUAUGCUUGUUGCAGAACUUGGAAAGUUAGAAAUCACAAAUGCCAUUGGCAAAACAAGGGAUGGCAUUAUUAUGGACUUCAURGAUGUUUCCUUGAACUCUUUCUCAGUUCACUGUUUGUCAGAAGGCAGAAAGUUGGCAGCAGAUUACCUUAUAGAGCCCAUUAAACUUGAUGUUACAGUCAGAAGGACAUUGCAGGUUACUCMAUCCAGCAUCCCUUUGAUUGAAGUUGAUGCUGUGCUYCCMCUUCUUCAGUUAAACGUAGCCAUACCAGAUUAUAAACUCUUAAUGACUGUUAUAAAUAAGAACCUAUCAGAGGGAAAUCAAGAACUUGAGACUCCUGAUCCUMUACCUUCUGAUUCAAAAUCRACUAUWAAUGAAGAAGUCAUGGAAGGGCUGAGGCAGAGAUUGGGAAGUGUUUUCCAGGAAAAGUCCAAGUCAGUCUCUGCACUUGCUGAAGAUAAUCAGAUCAACCUUAGGUGCAACAUAGAUGUCAAUAAGGUGGUUGUGUUCUCUCCUGUCAUUGUGAAUGGUCAUGCAAAACCAUACCUCAUCCUUACUGUAGAAAAACUGUUAUCUACUGUCAUCAUGGAUACGUGGACAAUUGGUGUCAAUGCUGAACUUGGAACUCUUGAACUGUUAGAUAGUAUCAAUACAGGUAAACGUGACCAGCCAGUGUCAAUUCUCUCCUCAUCAAAACUUGAAGAYCUCAUCUCAUUGGAAUACAAAAUGGUUGAUCCAGCUUGUCCUGAUUUUGAAUCGACCUAUUGUGCUGUUGAGCAAACUGCAAACUUUAAAUUUAGGAGAUUGAACAUCAACUGUCCACAAAMGUCAGCUAUGUGUCUGCAAGAACAUGUCCUUGCCAUGACUUCCAGUGAUGAAGAGGUUCCAUCUCAAACAGAGACCUUAGACACAGGCUCAACUUCUUCCUCAGCAUCAUCAACUCCAAAAAAGAGUUCAAGCUUCAAACUUGGUGCAACAUUGUGGGAGGUUGAUGUUCUACUAAGCAUGGAUGGUAGACCAUUAACCAAUAUUAACAUCAAAGGACUUGCUGCAGAUAUUUUGAUGUGGGAUGGUGGAAUUGUAGUAAAAUCAACGCAAAGGGAUCUAUCCAUAACUGACCUGAACGCUGAUACAUAUUAUCCUAAGAUCAUCUCAGUUGAGAAUGAAAAUGUGUUUGACUUUGAGUUCAAAUCCUUGAACCAAGAGGAUGCAUUUCCAGUCAGAGAAGAUGAUACUCGUUUGGAUCCAGACAGCUCUUUGGUUAUGAACGUUGGUCGGGUCAAUGUGGUCUUUGUGUAUAGAUUUAUUGAUGAACUAAUGCGUUAUAUUGAACCACUGACUAGCCCUCAGUCAACCAAGUAUGUCCAAGAGACAGCACAGAAGACAGUUUACUCCCAGAUUGAGAACAUCCAAUCUCAGGGCAGUCGAAUCUCUCUGAGUGUUUCMAUUAAUGCACCCCUGGUUGUCAUGCCUCGCCACUCGAGCUCUGUUGACAUGCUGAUUGCUGAUCUUGGCCAUCUUGAGCUUCAGAAUGAAUUCCAACUGUUCGAACUUGAGAAUACCAAAGAGAAGAUUGUGUUCGACAUGAUGGACUUAAACUUACAGUCUGUCCAACUAGCUAGAGGAAGAAUGGACCUUAGCAAUUCUUCUGUUAUCAAGAGAUACCUUAUUGAACCAAUUAAGAUGGAUGCCAAUAUCAGACGCUCUUUGAAACCCUCUUGUCCUGAGUUCCCUUUUAUUGAUGCCCAUUGCUCUCUUGAUUAUAUUAAGAUGAAUCUUGGAAGUAAGGACUAUGAGUUGCUAACCACAAUAGCACAAGAAAACCUCAAUGAAGGGCAAGCCCCAAUCAAAAAAGAGAGUGUCACAGUGGAUGCUAGCGUUACUCCUGAKGAUAGUGCGAAUGAAAAUAGAGCAGAAGCAGAUGAUGAAGAAUCUGAUGAAACGAUGUCUAUGGAAUCUGCAAGUUCUCAAGAGGCAUAUGAAUACAUGGAGUUCACUUUUGAUCUUCCUGGCGUUUCCCUUACGCUGUACAAGAAUGAAAAAGACCUUGAUCCAUUUGACUCUCAGUCUCCUAUAUAUGAACCAAACACUAAGCUUUGCCUAUUUGAAAUUGAGGAAACAACAGUUCAUWUUGCAAUACCUACGGAUAACAGUGUCCACGUUCGUGGUAUACUACACGAACUUGUGGUAGAGGAUGUAAGGCCUGAUACCUCUUCAGCAUUCCCAAGGUUGGUUGACAAGAAAAUGCAGGCCUAUUCUAAAGUUCUGAAGUCUUCAUCUGAAGAAAUGUGUGAAUUUAUCUAUCGCCAGCAAGCCAAUGGAGACAUGGACAUUCUGUUUCAGUUGCAGCACGCAACUAUAUUUGUGAACUUCCCCUUUAUCUGGCCAUUACUAGAAUUCUUCACAACUUCACCUCCAGCAGAUGCAAAAAAGGAAGUCUUUGUCACCCCUGCUGAGAGCCAAACAUCAAUUGAUGGCAUUCCCGAUGAAAGAGAUACAAAUGAACCACCUUCUAUUGACCCUCCUGAGAACACACCCAUUGAGUCAACAGCCCUCCAGUACACAAUAACAGUCCGUGGAACAAUUAAAAAUCCUGAUAUCGUUUUGUUGGCAAAUCCACUUCGAAGAGAUUCAGAAGCAUUGAUUAUGGAAACGGAACUGGAGUUUGAAUACCUCAUGGACAAAGAACAGCAAAAACUGUCUUCAAAUAUUCAUAGUUUGCAAAUGGCAUCCUGUCAGUACCCCAAUGUGAAGCAAACAUCAUUUAUGGUCUURGAACCCUGCGAUCUGACAUUCAAAUACAAGACACCGGUAGAAGAUGGCAAAGGGCAGGGAAUAGAUGUCGAUGUAGAUACAAUGAAGUUCAGAUUUUCGCCAUUUCUUUACAAAGUUCUGAAUGAUGUGAUGUUGACCCUGUCUGGCCAGGAAAAGGUAACAGAGGGUGUUCAGACUGAAGGAAAUGACAUAGUAAAUCCUCCUGAUGACUUAUGGGAACCGAAGCAWAUCACUGCUGAAUCCUGGAACAAAACUUCUGGUAAUAACGCAGAAACAUCCACAGACAAGGCAGUUUUUAGACAGUCAACUGGUGAUAAGAUUGUAUUGAAUACUAAAGAGGUUCAGAUCGAGAUGGUUAAUGAAGURCAUGGAGCCCAGGUUCCUUUGGUACUUAUCAAAACGACUGUUCAAGCWAAUGCCUCUGAUUUUACUGCACAGAUGAAACUAGAAGCUGAUGUAAGUGUGGAGAUUUCUUAUUAUAAUGAACAUUUUGGUGCCUGGGAACCUCUUGUUGAGCCUAUAGAAGAGGACCGUGAUAACCCACGAUGGGAACUGCAGAUAAAGUUUUUUUUUGCUGAUGGCUAUAUAUCGUCCUUCACACCACUUGAUCAAGAGUCCAUUGAUGGUCCYCCACAAGAUCUGACUGAUGGUCCUGGUGCACAUAGAUGGAGACCAUGGCAGGGCCGUCCACGUUCGGAAUCCAAAAAGAAACYWACCUCCAAGCGUUCUUCAACUGGAAAAGAAAAAGUAAAGUCAUUUAAAAGGUCCAAACGCCAUGCACGCCGAGGACUACCUCACACAGAAGAUGAUGAAGAAGACCUUGACUAUUCURGUGCACUGCAGCAGUUUGUUGUCAGCUCAACAAGACUGAUAGACGAUGCUGCAGAYGAWACAGUCGAUGGUGUUACAACUUCAAAUGACGAUGGUUUCCUACAGAAUGAGCCAAAACCUCAAGCAACAUACAUASUGAUCAAUUCACAUGAUAAUAUUCAGUUAACAAUGACUCCUACUGCCUUAAAUGUACUUACGGACAUAAGUCAGGCGUUUUCUGCUACAACUGAACCUGCUUUGAGAAGUAUUCCUGGACCAAUGUUUUCUAUCCAUAAUGAGCUUGGAGUUCAYUGUACUGUCAUUGUGGAGCAUGAUGAGAAGAUUCUUGAUAAAGAUGACGAGAUCCUGACCAUAAAACAUAAUAAGCCAAAGCUAGAACGUAAUAAGAGUUUGUCUGAUGCCUUUGCCAACCUGGCUUCUUCAAUACUCGCUGAACAAAGAAAGAAGAAGAAGAAGAAGAAGAAGAAAAGGCUGUUCUCAGAACCUCUCCUGGGACGAUUUAGGGAAAAAUUCAUGAAGAUUCAGAGGCGUAGAGCAAUGUCUUUGCCUUUAGCACUGGAAGGGAAGAUACCCUGUACGACGAAAAAGAAAACACAGUUCCAGAUUGGAGAUGAUYCCAGRAAGCCUAAGUUAAAAAAGAGUGUUUCUCUUGGUGUGCAACCAGUCACGGGAACCACUAUGGACAAGCACAGCUCACUUUCAGUAACCAAGUCACUUGGAGGAACAGGUYUUGAUGAUGAGGAAGAUGAUGACAAGGGCCACUCAUGGAGAGCACGGCUGAGAAACAGAAAAAACGAAUUGUUUGCUUUAAUGAAGCAUGAUGAAGAGGAUGAGACUGAUUUUGCAGAAAAUGAUUUAGAAGAUGACAYUCCCACAGAYACUCAGGAAGACAAUGAUUCUGACAGAAAAAGUGGCGUUGAUCGAGUAGGCGGCAAACUAGCCAUGGCAAUUGGCAAUAUCGGCACUUUUUGUGGUGGAAUUUCAUCUCCAACUUUUAGUGAUGAUGAUGUUGAACAACCCGGAGACACAUGUGAUGAUUCUGUUGAUGGAUCUAAAGCCGAGGAGGAGGAAACUUACAUAUCAUUCCAAGUAAGUUUGACUUGACUAAAAUUAACUUUU